GACAGACACCAUGCAAAGAUGCAAUCAAUCUUGGCACAUGGAACCGAAGUUUCUACAUUUUCCUACGCCACCGAUCAAAACACACGAGUCAGCAGUCAAUCACAAACAUACCAGAAACUUCCACCACCCACACGAAGCUUCAAGAACCACCUCCUUCCUCAAUCCCUCUCAUCUCCCUCCAGUUUUCUCUAAAUAUACACAAUCUCCACCUCCCAAAUCCAACCAAAUCUCCAGGUCUCCGAUCUCCUCGCGGCAUUUAAUUUCGUUCAGGCAUUUUCACAAACACCUCGAUGGCGGCAGAGGACGGCGCGGUCACAAUCUACAACAGCAGCGCAAUCACCGAUGCCAAAAACAAGCAGAAUCCAUAUUCGAUGAAGGUCGGCCUUGCCCAGAUGCUCCGCGGCGGCGCCAUUGUCGAGGUUAACACCCUCGAGCAAGCCAAGCUCGCCGAAGACGCCGGCGCUUGCUCUGUCAUCGUCUCCGACCCGCCCCGCACCCGAGGCAUUUCGCGCAUGUCCGACCCCUCUCUCAUCAAGGACAUCAAACGUGCCGUUUCGAUCCCCGUCGUGGCCCGAUCACGGAUCGGGCAUUUCGUCGAGGCCCAGAUCCUCGAAUCCAUCGGGGUCGACUAUAUCGACGAGAGCGAGUAUCUGGCCAUGGCGGACGAGGAGCAUUUCAUAAACAAGCACAAUUUCCAGAUCCCUUUCGUCUGCGGAGCUCAAACUCUCGGCGACGCGUUGUGGAGAGUGAGAGAAGGUGCUGCAGUCAUCAGAAUCCAAGGGGAUCUAUCCGGGUCCGGCAAUGUCUCCAUGACUGUAAAAAACGUGAGGUGCGUAAUGGGUCAGAUUAGGCUGCUCAACAACAUGGACGACGACGAAGUCUUCGCGUUUUCGAAGACAAUCCAAGCGCCGUACGACCUGGUUGCUCAAUCCAAGCAAAUGGGUCGGCUGCCUGUGAUGCUAUUCGCCGCCGGUGGCAUCGUGACGCCGGCCGACGCAGCGCUGAUGAUGCAGUUGGGUUGCGACGGAGUGUUUAUCGGGUCGGAUGUAUUCAAUUGUUCGGAUCCGUAUAAGCGGGUGAUGGGCAUUGUUCAGGCGGUUAGGAACUACAAUGAUCCGCAUGUGCUGGUGGAGGUGAGUUCCGGGUUGUCGGGCCUGAUGGCGGGUUUGGGCGAGGACAGGAUCGAACCGUUUGGCGGCGGCCAUGGAGGUGUUUGAUUAGGAAUCAUGCACCUCAGAGCAAUCUCAUAAGUAGCAAAAAUUGCCCCAUUCACCAGAAAUGCUCUAGAAACCGCAGUUCCUAAUCCUCGCCAUAGCACCCCAUAACCAUCAUCUCUCACACUCUUCCGAAA